AUGAAGGCGUUGAACAAGUGCUCAACUCACCACGGGCAGUUAACGGGCGACUUCUCCAAACCCAUCUCCCUCCCCUCGAUAGAAGGGGGCAAGCACCCCGACCUGAACGCCAUCAGUGUAGACACCAUGGCCGACAUCGUCCGAGGGAAGUUCAAGAACACCAUCGCCUCCUUCAAGAUCCUGGACUGCAGAUACCCGUACGAGUACGAGGGCGGCCACAUCCAGGGGGCCGAGAUGUGGAACCACCCACAGAUGGUGCUCGACCACCUCGACUUGCAGAAGGGCACGCCCGUCAUUCCCAGUGAGGACGCCCCCCGGCACAUCUUGAUCUUCCACUGCGAGUUCUCAGCCGAGCGGGGCCCCAAGGCGCAGAGGCUCCUGCGGGAGCACGACCGCAAACGCAACAAGGAGCACUACCCCGCCCUACACUUCCCGGAGACGUACCUGCUGGAGGGCGGCUACAAGGCCUUCUUCGAGGCGUACCCCGACCUGUGCACGCCCCACGAGUACGUGCGGAUGCUGGACGCGAACUUCGCCGAGGAGCUGAAGAUUCACCGCAGCAAGUCGAAGUCGUGGGCGGCCGAGAACAAGCAGGCCAAGAGCAGAAACACGCUACCUCGCACGGGCCUCAAGAGACUGGGCUUAUGA